CAUAACAAGGCGAGGAUUUCUUUGCUCGAUGGGCGUGUUUUUUCCCCCCCUCCUUUCCUUCCCUUUCCAGGCAGGGAAGCCAAGUUGCGACACUUUUCAAGUUUCAGCAUGAGAGGAGCCACACUGGAAUGAAAAAGAAGAGAAGAAAAAAAUAUUAAGACUCACCCAGGAUAUAUUUUGAAUGCGCAAAAGAAAAGUAUGAAAGCGUCACGCGCCGUUUGAUUUGGACCAUUCCUGUUGCAACAUUAAACAAAAAACAAAAGCGUCACGUUUCUUCAUGACCCCGCUACCGAGCUGAAAACAUCGAAAUGGAACCUCCUCCGCCGCAACCUCCCCCGCCGCCGUUACUGCCCCCUCCUCCGCCGCCGCCGCCCGGCCUGGGAAACUCGAUAACGGCUCGCCGACGCUCUAGGAUGCGGAACUUCAACUGGGAGACCAUCCCUAAGCACUCGGUGAUGGGCAAGCGCAAUAUUUGGACGGAGGAUCGGACGGACGGCGACUACAACUUGGAUACCGACCACAUGGAGGAGCUGUUUAGCCACAAGCGGGCCCAGCAGCGGGACCAGGAGGUCGCCAAUCUGGCGAGAGGGGCGCUCACUGCUACCUCUGGGGGAGAACUGGUGUCCAUUCUCAGCGCCAAGAGAAGCAUGAACAUCGGCAUUUUCCUCAAGCAGUUCAAGCGGCCUGUGACAGAUAUGAUUAAGGAAAUCAAGGCUGGAAAUGGCCUCGCUUUCCCUCCUGGGAAACUUCGAGAGUUGUGUAAACUGCUGCCAGAUGACGGGGAGCUAAAAAAUCUCCUCAAAUUCAACGGCGACCAAUCAGCACUCCCAGAUGCAGACCUGUUCAUGCUCAUGCUAGUCCAGAUUCCCGGGUACAAAGAGCGUCUGAGUAGCUUGGUCCUCAAGGAAGAGUUUUUCCCUUUCAUGGCGGAGAUGAGAGACUUCAUCGCCACUUUGAAAGCUGCGGGAAACGAGCUUUUGGAUUGUGACAGUCUGCACUCUGUGAUCCGCUUGGUUCUGAAGACCGGAAAUUACAUGAAUGCUGGCGGCUACGCCGGCAGCGCGGUCGGGUUCCGGAUGGCGUCCCUGCUGAAGUUGGUGGACACCAAAGCCAACAAACCAGGGAUGAAUCUAAUGCACUAUGUCGUGAUGCAAGCUCAGAAGGCCGAUGUAUCGCUUCUCAACUUUCCCAAGCAACUCGCACACAUUAAAGCUGCUGCAAGAAUCAAUCAAAGUGACAUUGAAGCAGAGUUUGAUCGUCAAGUUCGAAAAGUGAGCGCUGCCAGAGCCAAUACUUUGAAGCAGGAAGAUCUCAAGACUCAGAUGGAGGAUUUCCUCAAGGAUGCUGACUCCUGCUUGGAUGAAGUCGAAGUUGAUCUCCAGGAGCUCCAGUCAACCAGCGACUCUGUGGCGCAGUACUUUUGCGAAGACCCCAGCAAGUUCAGACUGGAGGAAUGUUGCUCCAUCUUUGACUCCUUCUGCGAGAGGUUUCUUCGAGCCGUGCAGGAAAACACAGCCCGGGAGGUGGCGGAGGUGAAGCGACGUCACAGGAACCGUCUGCAAAGUGUCGCCAAGCGCCGAUCCACGGCGACCUGCUCCGUCAGAGACAAAGAAAUGGAAGGUAUCGCCUUGGAGUCCAUCCUGCAAAACUUCUUGACCAACCGGCUUCAGAGGAGAAGGUCGGGUCGACCUGCGUCCACUCACGGAAGCCCCCAAAUGGGAAGCCUUUCUGAGAUGAACCUCCCUGAGCUGAAACGAGCAGGAUCUUUGAAGGUGACGGCUAAGAAAGAAUGGAAUUCAGCCGCGGAACUCAACGAAACUAGCCUGGACGACAACACGGAUGUUUCCUCGGAAAUGGAUAGCAGAGAAGAGGAAAUCCUCGGUGGCGUUGAGGAGUCCAGCAGCAGUAUUUCCCCGUCGGGUCAAUCGGUUUCCGCUGUUGACAAGGACGAUCUUCAGGACAAUAACGAGGAAGAGGCUCAGAAACUGCGCGAAGCCUCCAAGAAGGUUUUUCUCUACCAGAAUAGCCGAGGCAGCGUCUCCUCUGCGGAUUCUUCCGGCGAAAACCCCAAAUCUCCUAAAACUCCCGGUCCUCCUACGCGUCAACAUACUUUAGACUUGGAGACCGACCGAUACCCCGGCGACCCUACGAACGAGGACCUGGUCCGGUUCCUGCUCAGCUCUCCGCCGUCCUCAAAACGUAACAUUCCCCGCAGACACACUCUACCCGUCAAAGUCCAAAAGAAAGAAGAAACCGAGGAAGAGGACGACCGAGAGACCGGGUAUAAAUCCAAACAAGUGUUUGCCGACCUACUUCAAAAACAAGAACCUCUGUCUGCCGAGAGCGGGGUUAGCCAAGAAGAGGAGCGGGACCGCGAGGAAGACGUAGAAACGAAGGGUUCGAGCGGCAAGUCGGAGUCCACCGGAUUGUUUUUCGGCUUUUUGAAGCGCCUCGGUGACAUCGGUCGACUGCAGACCGGCAAGGAAAACAGCCAGCGGGUUGUCGGGACUGACGUGUAGGGCGAUACUUAUCGGAACAAUCUCUCCGGACAAAAAUGACACCCAAAUACUUGCCCGAAUCGACCCCAAAUGUACUUGCGGACAAUGAUUUGGGAUUGUUUAAAACACAAAGACAACAGCUACGGUCCCUGACAAAGUCUUGUCGCUUAUCCAUUUUGUAGAAACAAUUGCUAAUAACCUGACUUUUAAUUCUUCAAUGGUUUCAGAAAUGGCU